UUGCUCUGGUUGUUGCUACAUACUACUGUAUGUUAAUGUUCAUUUCUGUGUUUACACUUUUCUGUUCUGUUCGUCGAAACUUUUAAAAUAAUAGUAAUCAAUUAAUCAAGUAAUCAACUUUUACCAGAAAUGGUGACCAAUGGUAUACCUUGUGUGAGUGUUUGUGUUGAUGGUGAUAGUAAUGGUGAUGGUGGUUCAGGGUGUUCUUCAAUUAAAGUACCCACACCAGUGGUUUCACCAGUUAAUUUUUCCAGUGGAUCAAAUUUACUUCAGGUGGGGAUUCCGUUUCCAAUAGGAUUAGGUCAUGAUCCACCUUUGCACCCAUUUUAUUCAGUUCACCCGAGAAUUGGAUUCGAUUCAAAGGAAAAUAUGGAAGCGUGGAGAUCACUUCCACCUUAUGCCUCAAUGUAUGGUGGAUAUGAAGGAGCAAUUCUAGCUGGUGGUUAUCCGAUGCUAAGAAAUGGAUAUGAUUUGAAUGGUUCGAGACGGAAAAAUGCCACUAGAGAAACGACCUCAACUCUAAAAGCUUGGCUUAAUGAUCAUCGGAAGAAUCCCUAUCCAACUAAAGGAGAAAAAGUAAUGUUAGCAAUAAUCACUCAGAUGACUUUGACACAAGUGUCGACAUGGUUUGCCAAUGCUCGUCGAAGGUUAAAAAAGGAAAACAAAAUGACUUGGUCACCUCGAAAUCGAUGUGAUGACGAUGAAGAUGAAGAAGAUGAUAAUUGUAAAGAAGGUGAUUAUGGUUCUCUAAAUGAAAGUAGAUCUAAAGAACCCGAACUACUUGUUGAUGAUUAUGAUUCAUCUUCAGAUUCAAUUGAAAAGAAACGAUUCAAACGGGAUGAAACAAAUUCUGAACCGACAAUUUUAUCAACUUAUCCUGGCCAUCUUGGUAUUCAUCAUAAUCAUCAUCAUAAUCAUCAUCAUCAACAGCAUCUUUUUAGCCAACGAAUUCAUCCACUUUCACAACAAAUUUCAUCGUUUAACCAAAAUCAUUCAGCUCAUCAUUCAUCAUCACCAACAAACUCAUUAACUUAUUCAUCCUCACCACCGCAUUCGUCAACAAGUGUCACUAUUGACCACAACCAGAACAGUAAAUCGGCUUCUAAUGGUCACGGUCAACCCAUAGGCACUUCAAAACCAAGGAUUUGGUCAAUUGUUGAAUUAGCGACAUCAUCAACUAAUUGUGAAAAUGAUUAACAAUUUAAGCUUCUUUACUUUUUUACCCCUAAGAUAUUUUCUUACCUUUUCUUUUUUCUUGUUUUCUUCAACAAUCAAUCGAUCAGAUGAUCAAUUUAAUCAACAAUCGUAAUCCAUUUUACUGAUA